AUGCCCAUCUCCAUAUCCAUCUCAGCUCCUAUCCCUCUCAAGGGCAAGAACCGACCUCAUAGUCUCAUACGAGAACCUACCUUCUAUCAAGAAGCUUAUGUAGCUUCUUUCCCCUACAUUCAAGCUAUCGGCAAUCAACUUGUACGAGAGUGUGGCUUUAGAUUGGUCCAACAAGGUGAUGUGGCGAGAUACAGCCCUUUUCUCAUUGACGAUAACGAUGAUUUACUCCUCCUCAAUCUCAUUUCAACUUCUUCUCCUGUACACAUCAUUCAAUUACCUGAAUUAUUCACUUCGUUGAUCUCGACUCCCGAAACCCACAUACGACUUUCGACAUUCUCAACGGUAUUAACUUCUUGCUACAUCCACAUCACAGAAUCGACACAUUCUAUCGGUCCAUUAAGUGAUUUGAUCUCUUUUUUACAAUGUUUACUUCCUUCUUCAAACGCUUUAUCAUUAUCUCCCACUUCACCCACAUCCAAGUCCAACUCAUUCGAUAAGUCGUUCGACAAUAUCAAGAAGUCUCAUACAACUGUGGUGAAGCGAGCUGAUCAAGUUCUGAAUGAAGGUGAAGAUGAAGACGAGAAGGAGAAGGAAAAAUUGCAUAAGGUCGAUUCAUGGGACAAACGGUUCAAGUCGUCGUUCCUGAUAGGAUCCCAACUCCUUCCCCCAAAUGGCUCGACGCCAAUGAAGAUAUGUUAA